UUUGUGCUUCUAAAGCUUGCUUCACAAGCCGCAGUAACAACAGAUUCAACAGAUACCUGUGAUGAGAAUGAAGUCUUCAUGGAGUGUGCCCCAACGUGCGAGCCGACAUGCAGGUUUCCAGAUGUGCAUUGCGACGAAAGCUGCGAAGAUAGAGUUUGUCGUUGCAAGGAAGGUUACAUCAGAAGUGAACAGGAAGGUCCCUGCAUUCCUGCCUCAGCUUGUCCUCCAAUGCCCACCGACUUUGAUGUGUAUUCCUUGAUGCCCACCUGCGACGGUGUCGUUUGUGAUGAAGGCACACAUUGCGAGAUAGUAGAUUUGGCUUGUAUAGAUGGCUAUUGUCCUCAAGAGGCCGUUUGUGUCGAUGAUUUUUGA